AUGGCGCCGCUUGCCUUGAAGAUUAAAGGCAACAAGUCAUUUUCGCCUUUUGCCAACCUCGAUUCCGAAGAGGACUUAUCAAAGACCUGGAGGGUAUGCACCAAGGUCAAAGACUCGUUAGAAAACGGCUCAAGACUCGAAAACCUGUCCUGGCGGCUAUGGUUCCGC